CCCCCCCUCCCCCUUCAAUCCUCCUCCUCCUCCUUUGGAAGAGAGGCUGAUGCUUCUCAGCCCAACACCGACAGGCACAAACUAUGAAUUACGUUGGGCAAUUAGCAGGCCAAGUCUUUGUGACUGUGAAGGAUUUCUAUAAAGGAUUAAAUCCGGCCACGUUGUCUGGAUGCAUUGAUGUCAUUGUUGUCCGCCAGCCUGAUGGAAACCUCCAAUGCUCCCCUUUCCACGUUCGCUUUGGCAAGAUGGGAGUUCUGCGCUCGAAGGAAAAAGUGGUCGACAUAGAAAUUAAUGGAGAAUCUGUGGAUUUGCACAUGAAACUAGGGGACAACGGAGAAGCAUUUUUUGUGGAAGAAACAAAUAAUGACAAGGAAGCGAUUCCAUACCACCUGGCUACCUCUCCAAUUAUUUCAGAGGGGGCAGCCCUCAUGGAAUUACAGAUGAAGAGAAACUCAAUCGAAAGGAUAAGAAACAUUGAUGCUGGGACUUCUUCUCAGCUGCCAAAUGCCGCCUCUACAUCUGCAAAUGAAUCCAUCUCUGCAGGAGGUUCUGUGAAGAAAAGGAGGAAGCGGAGAAGGAAAUCUACCCAUAAAAUUGACAUUUCAAAAAGAGAUGAAAAUGCAGAUACCAGUGAAGAUGAAAAUGUGUUCGCUAUAGAAAUCUCUGAUGAAGAAAAUGAGCUGCUAGAAAAUACAAGAACGUCUAUCCCUGAUCUGUGUAAGGAUGAUGCACUUGAAGUAAACUGCUCUGCAAUCAACAUACUUUCUCAUCCUCAUUCAGAUGGAGAAUGGUCACCCACACAAAGUAAACCUAGAACAUGUACAGGGAAGUCCUCUCAUCUUACUGUUCCACCAGAGGGAGGCUUAUCUAGUUCUUGUCCUCACCAGUCUUCUCACUAUCCAGCCACACGCAGCCCCUCAGGAUCCCGGCCUCCCACUCCUAAAAGUGAUUCAGAACUAAUCAACAAGUCUUCGGAAAGAGGUAUUCUGAAGAGUGACCCCCAAAUGCAUUGGGACUGGGGAGAACUACCUCAAGCCACAAAGACUUCUGCUUCGCUCAAGCCAAAAGAAUCCAGCACGACAGUGAAUGUGUGUCCUUCUGAAAGCACGCACUUCCGAACCAUUCCGAGUAACAAUUCGGAAGAUCUUCCAAGUACAUCUGCCUUGCCUGUCCUUUCGCAGGAUAGUACAGUGAUAGCUCUGGAUGAAAUUGAACACCGGAGGGCAGCUGUGCCUGAGAUUCAGGAGCCAGAUGUUGACACUUUAGGGGCAGCUGCUCCUCCGCUCCCUGCAAGCGAAGAAGUAAAACAGGCUGCGACGUGCACGAUGCACCCAGUGAGCAAAACAGACUCUCCCUCCAGGAAAAAAGAUAAGCGGAACCGACAUCUUGGUGCGGAUGGUGUAUAUUUGGAUGACCUCACAGACAUGGAGCCAGAAGUUGCUGCACUUUAUUUUCCUAAAAAUGGUGAAAAUAUUGCCCACUUGAAGAACAUGCAUGACAAUGGAUCCCGCUCAACGAAUCAGUCCCCUCAAUCAGUUGGAAGCUCAGGCGUUGAUAGUGGUGUCGAAAGUACCUCUGACGGAAUAAGAGACUUGCCAUCCAUUGCCAUUUCACUCUGUGGAGGACUUGGGGACAACAAAGAAAUUUCUAAAGAGAGGUUUUUAGAACAAGAAGUGACAUAUCAGCAGUUUGUAGACAAUCCCGCUAUCAUUGAUGACCCUAACCUUGUGGUGAAGAUUGGAAGCAAAUACUACAACUGGACAACAGCGGCUCCCCUCCUGUUGGCAAUGCAGGCUUUUCAGAAACCUUUGCCAAAGUGUUCUUGUUUAAGUUAUUUCUACAUAAUUCUGGAUACCAUUAGGUUUUGCUUUGACAAGAUUUGUGGUCCACAGCUAGCCACUGUGGAUUCUAUAAUGAGGGAUAAGAUGCCCAAAAAAGGUGGAAGAUGGUGGUUUUCAUGGCGAGGGAGGAAUAGCUCUAUCAAAGAGGAAUCAAAGCCUGCACAAGGUCUGGGUGGAAAUGAAGAGUUGGACAUCGUAGACAGAAUCAAAGAUGAGUCUUCUUCGAGUGAUGAAGAACAUCGAACGACAAAUCAAGCGCUUGGAACUUUAAUGACAAAUGCCAAUCACCAUCCUCUGUUAUCUGGAGUAGGCUACAAAAAGAGCCUUCGACUCAGUUCUGAACAACUUAAAAGCCUAAACCUCAAGAGCGGCCCCAAUGAUGUAAUCUUUAGUGUUACAACACAGUAUCAAGGAACAUGUCGUUGUGAAGGCACCAUCUAUUUGUGGAACUGGGAUGACAAGGUCAUUAUAUCUGACAUUGAUGGCACAAUCACAAGGUCAGAUACGUUAGGCCAUAUUUUGCCGACUCUUGGCAAAGACUGGACACAUCAAGGCAUUGCCAAAUUGUACCAUAAAGUGAACCAAAAUGGAUAUAAGUUCCUGUACUGCUCAGCACGUGCUAUAGGGAUGGCAGAUAUGACCCGAGGAUAUUUGCAUUGGGUCAACGAGCGGGGGACGGUAUUACCUCAAGGUCCUGUCUUACUGAGUCCCAGCAGUUUGUUCUCAGCCUUUCACAGAGAGGUGAUAGAGAAGAAGCCGGAGAAAUUUAAAGUACAGUGUCUAACUGACAUCAAAAAUUUGUUUCACCCCAACACAGAACCCUUUUAUGCUGCUUUUGGCAAUAGGCCUGCUGAUGUGUAUUCCUACAAGCAGGUGGGUGUUUCAUUAAACAGAAUAUUCACUGUUAACCCCAAAGGGGAGCUAAUUCAAGAGCACGCCAAGACCAACAUCUCAUCGUAUGUGAGACUCUGUGAAGUGGUAGAUCACGUAUUUCCCUUGCUGAAAAGAAGCCAUUCUUCAGAUUUUCCAUGUUCGGACACAUACAGUCGAUUCACAUACUGGAGGGAUCCAUUGCCACCUUUUGAAAAUCAGGACGUUCAUUCUGAUGUGCCGUAGUGGCUUAUGAAUCUUCUUAGCGGGAGUUCAAAGGAUGCACUUUGGUUU